UUCACCCAAUACCCAGCCUCCCACGGCCACAUAGCCACCCACACUUCUCUCCCUCUCCCUCCUCCCUCGUGUCGGUGUCUCCCUCUCUCUCCCCUGCUCCCACCCGCCGCAAAACCCUAGCCCUAAACGUCUAACCCGCCGAUCGCCGCGGCCGCCGCCGUCCUCCUGCUAUCGCGAGCACCGGUUGGCCCCCCCGGCUCGGCCAAGAAUCCCGCGGCCCCGGCUGCGCCGCCAUGAACAUGGACGCGUACGAGCGGCUCACCGCCGAGACCAGGCGCCGCGGCUCGUGCUUCGAUGCCCUGAUCGGGCUGGAGGAGGUCGACGGGAGCGACGACGAGGGGGAGGAGCGUGCGGCGGCGGGUGUGGUGGACGAAUUGCCGUGUCCGUUCUGCGGCGAGGAGUUCGACGUGGUCGGGCUGUGCUGCCACAUCGACGACGAGCACCACGCGGAGGCCAGUGCCGGGGUAUGCCCAAUUUGUACAGAUAGGGUUGGGAUGAAUUUGGUUGGGCACAUCAAGUCACAGCAUCCAGGUUUCUUGAAGGAUAAGUGGAGAAACCGGCGAGAUUCCUCUGAGUCGCAUUAUUCAACACUUGCCUUAUUGAAGAAAGAUCUACAUGAGAGGAACCUGCAGCCCCUUUUUGGUGGAUUUUCGCGUGCCACCUCAAUCAGCACAGUACCUGAUCCUUUACUGUCCUCUUUUGUUGGUAACUUCUUUGAAGUAGAAUUGCCAAAGGAUGCUGAGAAAGAGUCCUUAGACGAAACAGACGAGGAAAGUGCUUCGUUUGAGCAGAAAGCAGCAGAGAGCGCUGAUGAGCCUCUCCUCCCUGAGGUUAAGGAGGAGCGAACUAGGAGGAGCCAAUUUGUGCAGGGGCUCGUCUUGUCCCUGAUGUUUGAUGACAUCUUGUGAAGAAUAACUCAAAAAUUGAUUGAGAAGACAGCUCUUGCUACCAGCAAACAGACCUUACACCGAGGGCAAGCUCAUGAGUGCACCUAGACAUUGGUGUAUAUGUACACCUAGUACUCAUAUUAUGUACAUAUAUUGGUACUUAAACAAUAGAAUCAAUGCUUGUACUUCAAAUUGUUCAACCUACUUCCUGCAACAAUAACCCGCGCAAUCGCUGGUAUUGUGACAUCGAUUCUAAAUCGCGUACCAAAGUUUAUCUAGUGAAAUAUUAUAAUAUUAGAUUUAUAGUA